AUGUCUACGCUGCUGGUGUGCGUCAGUCACCUUCGUUCACUAGGUAGCCUUGUUGCUAAGCACGAUCUGUUUGCCGCGGUUGCCAGCGGAGCAGAGCGGCGGCGGAUGGAUCAGCUCCUGCCGGCGGGCUUCCGCUUCUUCCCGACGGACGAGGAACUCAUCACCUGCUACCUCGCUAGGAAGGCCAUGGAUGGCAGCUUCACCUCGCCGGCCAUCCGCGACGUCGACCUCUACAAGUCCGAGCCGUGGGAUUACCUGCCAUGCGACCUGCAGGAGGGCUACUUCUUCUGCACCAGGGGCAGCAAGUACCUCUCCGGCGUGCGCGCCCGCCGCGCGACGCGGUGCGGGUACUGGAAGUCGACGGGGAAGGACAAGGCCGUGCACGGCAGGGACGGCCGCCUCGUCGGGAGGAGGAAGACGCUGGUGUUCUACCGCGGCAGGGCACCGAGAGGGGAGAAGACCGGCUGGGCCAUGCACGAGUACGCAAUGGGCGAGAGGAGCAGCAGCGCCCUCCUCGGAGGAGCACAGGUGCGCACCAACCCCAAAUGA